UUCCAUGGGUGAGUGCCAUCAUUGACUCUGCAGCGAACAGUUAUGUUUAAUGUCUUUCGGUGAUUCACACGAAAUGGUACAAACGCAUUAUCACUACUUUUUCCUCGUCAUACUCGCCACGGCUGGCGUCAAGCUCGCGCUUGCUGAGGACGCGCUACAAGCAAUAUCCUCAACGGCUGACUCCUCGGACAGCAACGCCAAUGGCCCGGUCACCGCCGCAAUUGAAAACCUUUCCUUCAAUGUCGCCUCCAUCGCCGAUGAGAUCGCACUACAAGUGAAUCGCAAGCUGGAGCGUACGGCCGAUAUACUACACGGUAGCAUUGAAACGCUCAUCACCAACGCACUAGAAGAGCUGGCGCUGCCGAUCUUUCAGGCCAGUCGUAAGUUAAGUCACGAAUCCUGCAACACCACACUGUCCGUACCGGAUCUACGUGCGAACAUCGAUUUGCAACUCAGCAAUUGCACUGGCGAUCUAAACUCUGUCUUGCAGUCGUACAAAUUCGAUGCGGAGCAAAGCAUUUCCAAAAUAGAGAAUUUGAUCGAUGAAGUCGUCAAUUUGCCAAAAGCAUGCCAAGUUUUGUUGCCACGUUCAGCUGUGAUUGAGGGUACGCCACAGAAUUUCGCCACUGGCACGAAUUGCUUUGUCGAGCGUAUGGCUGUUUGGAAUGAACAGGUGUCAAAGGAGUUGGAUGCCGUUGGACAGCUAUUGUCACGUACCCGUCAACUCUCACAGGAAAGCGAGGCACAAGCACUUUCCUGUAUUGGCGUGCUAGUAAAUGCCGUUGGAAAGCUCAUCGAUGAAGAGCUAAGCGAUUGUUAGAGUGCUAAAUGAGCUUGUAACAAAUAUUAAAUUUUCUAAAAAUAAAAUAUUCAGUACGUCCUUUCACGGAAGCUU